AUGGGUCAGCUGCAGGGCAAAGCGACGUACCUAAAAUCCACGACCUCCUUCCUCAAUGGUACGCAGCCACAUCUCUUUUCCCUCUCGCCUGUUCUUUCGACCUCAACGCAGUUGCUGUGGGCAGCCUCCGAACGGGAUGUGAAUAAACUCUGGGAGAGCUUCAACGACGUGGCCGAGGGCUUCGGCCUGAGCCAGGACGAACUAGUGGAAAUCUGUCGCUCCAUGCAACAGGCGCUUGAUAUUCAUGCGCGCAGUGAGAUGGACCAACUCAGUGCCGCGCUCUUCACGGCUCUAGACACGGACGAGAAUGGCUUGGUGGACGCACUCGAGUUCCUCGGCACAAUGGCCAUGAUGUCAGCCAUGUCCAUCCCACAAAAACUCACGUUUGUGUACAAUUGCUACGACUUCAAUGAAACGGGACAACUGUCGCUGGAUGAACUCACAUUGGCGUUCAAAUCGACACUGACUGGACUGUGUAAACUCUGCGUGGGUCUGUCAUGUCCAACAGAGCUUGUACUGGAAGAUCUGGCACAGCACGCUUUCCAGAAGGCUCAAAAGCCCGGUCUAGAUGGGUUUAUAUCGCUACCCGAGUUCUUACACUUCGCUGAUACUACACCAGAAGUGACUUCAUGGGUGGACUACUUUGACUGUCCAGAAGAGACUGUAGACGAACAGGACGGAGACGACAGUGAUGCAGAACGAGAGGCUGCUGCAGGGCUGUUGGUGCCUUCCGCUCUGGAUGAUGAAGACACAGCGAGGAAGAGAGACGCGAGUCUACCACAAGACGCAACAGCUCCAGACUUGACGGUGUACAAGACGAUACCACGACGUCCGUGGCAAUUGGCAGUGGCGAAUGCGACGCCCAGUGCUCCGCCCCCGAUCGACCCACGGAUGCCAGCCGCCAGUCUGGAGCUCGAGUGGGUCUACGGCUACAACAGUGAUCUCCGCAACAUCGUUCACUAUGUGUCACCAGCUGAGGCGAUUUAUCCUGCAGGAAGCGUGAUCGUUGUGUAUGAUAGUGUCGCCCAUCGACAGCGCUUCGCUUGUCAUCACUCUGGACUGGUACAGACAUUGGCAGUGCAUCCAGCUGAUCGGCGCGUGAUCGCUACGGGUGAAGCUGCGUUGAUACCGAAGAUCGUGAUUUGGUCUACACAGACGCUAAGCGAGAGUGGAGCAGGAGGCGGGGGCGGCGUACUGAGCGUUCUUCGCGGCUUCCAUCGACGUGGUGUGUCACAUUUGGCGUGGAUGCCUAAUGGGCGAACACUCGUGACUGUCGGUCAAGAUGAAUUCCACUGCGUUGCGGUGUAUCAAUGGGAGAAAGCGAUAGCAACUGAAGGAAGUGGAGGAAAUAGUGACUUCGCGGACUGGAGUAAACCAGCAGAGCUCAUCUUUGCAGGACGUGGAGGUCGGGAGCCCGUUCACGCUUUGACAGUCUUGAAUGGGCCGUCAGGUCAAACUCAGUUUGUGACGGGAGGACGACGUCAUUUGUUCUUUUGGACAGGUGAGCGAGAUGCACGAUACUCCAGUCCUCACGCAUUAUUCGCACGACUUCCAGGUGUUCUAGGACGCAAGGCAAAGGUGCAGACAAUCCUGAGUUUGGUGGCUUUACCGGGUGAUUCUGGCGCUAUAGCAGGCACAGCUCGAGGACAGUUAUUGCUAUUCGAAGGACGGAACUGUGUGCGUGUAUUAUACGCACACGCAGCAGCAGUGACAGCGCUGUUUGCAUUCACAGGCGGCGUUCUCAGUGGCGGUAAAGACGGGAAAGUUCGCAUUUGGAGUCGACGCUUGGAACCUGGAGCUCAGUUUGAUUUAGUGGCGCUAGGAAGCUCUUCGCCUCGUGUACGCAGCCUCGUGGCUUCUCCAGAUGGAGGAGCCAAGUUGUUGAUCGCCACUGCAGGCGCCGAGAUCUUCGAGAUCGCAUCGAGUGAUGGUUCCAACCUGCACUUUGGUCCUGUUGUCUGUGGCCACUCGGCCUUCCAGCUUCAUGGGCUUGCAAUGCAUCCGCUACGACGUGAAUGUUGCUCGGUGGGGGAUGAUCGCACUGUGCGUAUCUGGGACUUGUCAACGCACCGUCAGCUUCGCGUCUCGGCUCUGGACGCUCCUUCUCGAGCAUGUGCGUACUCACCGGAUGGCUCAAUUAUCGCUGUGGGUCAAGGUGCUGAAGAAGAAUACGAAGAGAGUUCAGCGACAACUGACCCCGAUUUAUCGGCGUGGCGUCGACGACAGCAACCUAAACUGGUGAACCCGAACAAGCAAGGAGCCUUCGCAGUGUUGAACGAGUCUUCACUGGCCGUGAAAUUCGAGGCCAAAGACUCAAAAAGACCCAUUGGAACGCUGCGAUUCACCGGUGAUGGACUUACGUUGGCUGUGGGGUCCAGUGACAACUGCAUCUACUCGUAUCACACGGAAGAUUGGGCUUCUAAGGGCAAAUGUCGUGCACGAGAUGCGGGUGUUGUCAUCAACACGUUCGACUUUUCAACAACUGGUGAACAUAUCAUGGCGAACGCUCGAAACCGAGGCGAAAUGGUGUUUUUCGAGAGCUCUUCAGGCGUGGAAAUCACGCGUAUAGCCACGUUGAAGGACGUCGAGUGGCUGUCGUGCUCGUGUCCGUAUGGAUGGGGCGUUCAAGGCACGUGGCCUACGCGUAAGACAGAAGCUUACGAGAUAUCGGCGGUUGAUCGUUCAUCUGGAGCCGAGACGCCCAUGCUCGUUACAGGAGACACACUUGGCUCUCUGCGUUUGUUUCGGUAUCCGUGUGUGAAUCCAGAGUCACUGUGUCAAGUCGCAAGAGGAGCGGCUAGUACUAUCUCAGCUGUACGCUUUACUGCAGACGGAAGCCACGUCGUAGCGAGUGCACGAGAUGAACGCUGUAUCUUCCAGUGGCGUGUCGAGCGUGAAGAGAUCGAUGCUGACGGUGGAACAGGUGACGCUGAGGACGUUCCAGGAACCUCAGACGACGAACGAGAAGUCAGUCACGGGAACGAGCGCUCAGCUUUCGACGAGGCCGUAGCUGUGGGAGAUUUUGCGCUUGAGCUACUGGCUGAAAGACUGCAGGAUCAAGCGCACAACGAGGAAGACGAACAAGACGAGAACGGAGAAGAACCAGCCAAGGCUACACCGGCUGUAAUAACACCAUCGAAGCCUUGGGUUAGCAGUAGUGUACCGCCUUCUGAGGCUCCGAAUGAAGCAGAUUUGGAGCUUUCAACUGUGCCCAGGGACAGUUUAGAACUGGAAUGGGUCUAUGGCUAUCGCUGUCACGAUGCUCGCAACAAUCUGUUCCUCACACGCGCUAAGAGUUUAAUGGUCUACCCUGCUGCAAAUAUCGUCGUAGUACUGGACACUAAGCUCUGGUUGCAGCGCCACUUCAAGCAACACUCAGACGAAGUCACGAGCCUCGCUGUAUAUCUUGGACCAAGUGGCAAGUCGAGUGCGUCUCAAGAGAUCGCGGCUUCGGGACAAAUGGGGCGUCUUCCUGUCAUUCACGUGUGGCGGAUCGACUCGCUCGAAGUGUUAGUGUCUCUGCGUGGCUUCCAUCGUCACGGAAUUGCCGAGUUACGCUUCAAUUCUACUGGAAACUUACUGGCGAGUGUGGGUCUGGAUGAUCGGAACUCACUCGCGCUGUACGACUGGCGCAGUGGGGAGCUACUAGCUCAUGCAAGUACGUCAUCGGUGGGUCGCAUUCUCGGCUUGAGUUUCCAACAGGAAAUUGUAAUUAAAGGAGCAGCAGUCACAACACCAGAGGACUUGGUGAACCCCUCGGAAUCUCCAAUGGCUCCCGUUGUGAUCGCAACUGUGGGCGUGAAGACUGCAGCUUUCUGGCGUCUUGCAGCAGGCCGGACUCUUGUUAAGAAGGACGCUUUAUUAGGACGUAAAGGUCGACAAGGAGGCGCUCCACCGUCGUUUUUGAGUGUUGUUUACUGCGGUAAGGAUGCAGUGGCAGGCACAGUUAGUGGAGAUUUAUUUCACUUCAAAGGAACUGAGCUCUCCAGUAUUGUACCAGCGCAUACACGAGGCGUGGCAGCGUUGUACAGUUCGACUGGAGCUACCGGAGGGAUCGCAAGUGGCGGACAAGAUGGUCUCGUGAAGCUAUGGAGCGCGGACUUGGAGUGUUUGGCCGAGUUCGGGGAGUUCAAUUCAGCACACUACGCGAUCCGCAGCGUCUUCUGGGACACCACUAAGGAGAUGCUACUGGUAGGCACACGAGGCAGCAGCAUUUACCUUCUUUCGUCGCUCGAUGGCACUCAAAUCGGUCUUAAAACUCCUGACGGUACGCCAGUGACAUCACUGGAGAACCAUACACGCGGUGAGCUGCAUGGUCUGAGCGUCUGCUACGCUAAAACUCGAGGAUGUACGACUGGAGACGACGGAGUGCUCCGUAUUUGGGACUUGAAUCACCAUCUCUUGAUACUGUCGAACAAACUGGAGACGAGUAGCCGUGCGUGUGCGUAUUCUCCGGAUGGAGAUUUCAUUGCUGUUGGCUUGGGUAGCGGCGGAACUGGAAGACGACACAAGAAAGACGGCAGUAUGUUGGUGUUUGAAGACCGUGGACAAAGUGUCGAGCUCGUGUACGAGACUCGAGAUACCAAACAAUCUGUGACGGUGUUACGCUUCUCCCCUGACGGUCAGUCACUCGUAUGUGGAGCAAUGGAUGGCUCUGUGUACAUCUACGACGUCCCCAGCAACUACACGAAGCGAGCGGUUUUCUCCAAACAUAAGGCACCGAUCACACACAUCGAUCUGGCUGGCGACUCGCAGUAUUUACGCAGCAACUGCAAAGGCUUUGAGUUGUUUUUCGCCGACGUCACUACUGGUUCUCAUGUGGCGAGUGCUACAGCUCUUCGCAAUCAUAUCUGGGAUACCUGCAGUACCAUUUACAACUGGUCUAACCAAGGAAUCUGGCCCGUGGCACCCAAUGGACUGGACGCAAUGCAAGAGAUCACGUGUUGCGCAUGUUCGCUGCCUGGAGCGCCGUACAAAGGCAGCAAUGCCAUCCUUGCCGCUGGGAAUUCUCAUGGAGUGAUUAGUGUAUUGAAGUACCCGAGUUUUGUACAAGGAGCUGGAGCCAAGACGUACCAUGGACACAGCGGUGCUGUUGCUCAAUUAGGUUUCUCAGGACCUGGUGGAGCGCUCUGUGUCAGUAUCGGUCGCUCAGAUCGGUGCAUGCUUCAGUGGCGACGACUGUAUGGUGCCGGUAGUGGACCUGAAACAGUAGUGAAUGGUAACGCGAGUAUUGCGAAAGAUCCUGAAGAGGAUCCAGAUCUGGAAGCUGAGGGACGAUUCCUGCCCGAGGCCUUCGUUAACGUCGGUGGAGGUGCUCAGAGCGACAUGACGCCGUUCGUGAGUGCGCUAUUGCCACCGUCUGGUGUCGUACAGGAACCGAGCGAGGCGGACGGAGUCGCUAAACACCGAACAUUCGAGUUGGAACACGUCUUUGGUUUGCGUACACACGAUGCUAGACAAAAUGUUGUAUACGCUCGACCGAAGCGGAUCGUGUACCCGACUGGGUGUGUUGGCGUGAGUUAUGACCGACGAGAACAUCAACAGCAGUUCUAUACGGGACAUACACGUCCCAUCUUGUGUAUGGCAAUGUCGCCUUGUGGUGGAUUUGUAGCUUCAGGAGAGAUUUGUGCCCAGAACUUCGCGCAUGAGAGACCACGCAUCCACGUGUGGGAACCUGCUACUUGCACUCGGGUCGUAGAGCUCAGCGCCUUUCACAGUAAGGCUGUGACUGCUGUCUGCUUCAGUUCACCCGAUGGCAAGCUUCUGGCUGCCGUGGGUCAGGAUGAAUUCCAUUCACUAGCUGUGUAUCGCUCAGCCUCUGGGCAAUGGUUUGACGGCGCGUUGUUUGCCAGCUCUCGUUCUACUCGCCACGCUGUGUUCUUUUUGUGUUUCAUCGAGGAUCCGCAGAGUGCAGGAGGCUGUCGCUUGGUGUCCGGAGGAGAAGAACACGUUCUGUUCUGGAAAAUGACGCCACCUGCGCUCACAGCACGGGACGGGAUCUUUGGUGCUCGAGCGCAGCGACAGCCAAUACUAUGCGGUGCCUCGAUGGGUGGACUUGUAGUCACAGGCUGCGCUUCUGGUCAUCUGUACACUUGGGAGGCCUGUGCUGUCGCGCGAGUGAUUCCAGCGCAUACAGGAAGCGUCUACGCCAUACACACCACGUCUUUGGGCUGCGCUACGGGAGGACGUGACGGACACGUGAAGCUGUGGGCGCGCACGACAUUGACUCCUCUAGCUGACUUCGACGUUGCAGGUUUCCACCCAGCGCCACAUAGCGCAGCGGUGCGCUCUCUUUAUUGGGAUGUAGCGGAAGAUCGCUUGCUUAUCGGGACGAAAGGUGCCGAGUUGUUCGAGUUAUCUCGACUCACGGGAGACGCGAUUCUCGUGUCGGAGAGCCAUUUCGACCGCACGGUUCAGCUUCAGGGACUCGCAGUACAUCCACUACGACCAGAAUUAAUAGUCACAGCUGGAGGCGAUCACACGGUGCGUCUGUGGCAUUUAGAAAAGCGCUGCGUGAUCGCAAAGACUGCGCUGGAUGGGGCUCUACAGAGCGUGGCGUUCUCUCCGGACGGCAAGUGGCUCGCAGUAGGUUUUGGUGGAUCGGAGAGUAGCAAGAAUCACAAAGAUGGAGCCUUCGCCGUGCUUGAUGGUCAGACCCUUGAACUGCUACACGAAGGACGAGAUAGUAAGCUUGGUGCACUGGACAUGACGUUCUCGCCGGACUUGACGCUGCUGGCGUUAGCUUCAGCCGAUCACUGCGUGUACUUCUACUCGACGCUAGACAAUUUCUCGCUGCGUUUCAAGUUCUCCAAGCCCAGCGGUCGUGCCACUCGCUUGGAUUUUGCAGCCGAUAGCAGCAUGGCAAGAGUGUCGAGCGAUGCGUUCGAGCUUCUGUUCGUAAGCACGAUGGACGGCAGCCAGAUCACUUCGCCUGCUAGUGCGGCGGACGUCACAUGGGCGUCACACAAGUGUUUGUUUGCGUGGGAUGCCCAGGGUGUCUGGGACAUCGCUGGCAAGCCAGACGACCACGUCCACGCUCUGGCAAAGGCGAACACGCAGGAGAUGCUGGUUGCAGCUACCAACCAGGGCGAGAUCCGCGUGUACAACACGCCGUGUCUGUCCAGACACACGGAGCAGCACAAACUACAUGGCCACAGUCUGAACGUGGCCAACGUAGCCUUCACUUGCGACGACACGAGGUUGGUCUCUAUUGGUGCCAAUGACAAAAGUCUGUUCGUAUGGAAAGUAACAAAGACAAAACUAUGACAAUUUCAACCACUUCAACAGGUUAGCCAAUUACAAAUCAGUAUUCAAACGAAAAAAAAAACGUAAAAAAAUGUUACCAAGC